AUGUAAUAAUUAUUGUUACGAAAUGAAUCACUUCGGAUAUCGUUUAGAUAGAGCAAUUAAGGUAAUUAAUUGUACAACUUUAGACAACAUACUACUUUUUGUUUUCUAUAUGAUGUAUGAUGAUACCUAUAAUGUAGACAUUAGUUGUCACUGUCUAAAGAGUCUGGCAAUCUUAUCAAGACAUCUAACUCAAUAAUUAAACUUAGUAUUCCACAUGAAUCUUCCUCCUAUAUAAAACCAAUCACUCCUCUUAUAUUGCUUGAGCAAGUUAAGUUUGAAAGUAUAUUUUAAAUAUAUAUAUUUAGAUUUCAGCUAAAUUCAUAAUCAAAACAAGGAGUAGUUCAGAAAUUAGAUUCAGGAAUAAGAGCGUCCACAUAUUUGCAAUAUUCAGAAUCUAAAGUCAAACAUUUAAAUGUAAGGAGUCUAAACUAAUAAAAUUCAAGAUGCAUGA